UCAUUUUCUCUGGCGCUUUUUUAAAAUCCAUCUUUCACACACUUCCCACACUUCACUAUCCCACCGAAAGGAAAUACCUCCAAAUCCUCUGCAAAUCUCUCUCUCUCUCGCUGUGCAAUUUUCACAGAGCAUAAAGCUGAAACAGCUAAAAUGGCUGGGUAUAGAGCUGACGAUGACUACGAUUACCUCUUCAAGGUGGUGUUGAUCGGGGACUCCGGUGUGGGUAAGUCCAAUCUGCUCUCCAGGUUCACAAAGAACGAGUUCAACCUCGAGUCCAAGUCCACCAUUGGUGUUGAGUUCGCUACCAGGACUUUGAAUGUUGAUGGCAAAGUUAUCAAGGCUCAGAUUUGGGACACUGCUGGCCAAGAAAGGUACCGUGCCAUUACCAGUGCUUACUACCGUGGGGCUGUGGGGGCACUCCUUGUGUAUGAUGUUACCAGGCAUGCAACAUUUGAGAAUGUAGAUAGAUGGCUGAAAGAGUUGAGGAACCAUACUGAAUCCAACAUUGUUGUGAUGCUUGUGGGUAACAAAUCAGAUCUUCGCCACCUUGUAGCAGUCUCAACUGAGGAUGGGAAGUCCUAUGCCGAGAAGGAAUCACUCUAUUUCAUGGAGACUUCUGCACUGGAAGCAACAAAUGUUGAAAAUGCAUUUGCAGAAGUUCUGACUCAAAUCUACCAUAUUGUAAGCAAGAAAGCAGUUGAAGGAGCAGAAAAUGGAACAGAUUCUUCUGUCCCAUCCAAAGGAGAGAAAAUCAAUAUAAAAGAUGAUGUUUCAGCUUUGAAGAGAGUUGGGUGUUGCUCAAGCUAGAUCGCUGGGACAACUUGACUUGAAUCGAUUUAGUUUCUUUAUGCUGUGCCACUGUAACAUUUUCUGGGUAAACAAACUAGUGAAGAAAAGAAUUUUAUUGAGAUCUCAAUCCGAUACAUGAUGAUUUCAACAAAAGCUUAAUAGCACGUUAAUCGCUUCCGAUCUGCUUUUAAUUUUUCUUUCUUUUUUUAUUUAUUUUUUGGAGUGUAAUUGAGAAAUUUCAUUAUAUUAUUUAUCAACCCACUUUCUUUC